UAACAGCGCUGGAUCAAGCACUUUUAGCCACUGUCGCCACCGCCAACAAGCAGGAUUCCCGACAGCGGCAAUUUGCUCUCGGUCUGUACCGACAGCGCCGGCCUACACAACAUACGUCUUCGAAAGCUACGUCACCGCCCUACUAGCGAUUCUUAGCGGCAAAGGCAUGGCAUCACCACCAAAGAGGGACGCCGGCAUUGGUGUCCUGACUCCGGACUACUUCUCCCUACUCCACGGCAUGUGCUGCAUCAGCGAGCCGAGCAUUAACGAUAUCAUCGCCAUCUUCAAGGAAUUCCGCCGUUCUUUGGAUGGCGAAAAACCCAAGCCUUCUGUCUCGGCACCCUCGAGCUCGCCGUCUUCCUCCGGUGUUCCCAAAAAACGGGGCUCCAAGUCCAGUAAAAAAGCUUCCCGUGCGAGUGCAUCGAGUGCUGCGAGCGACGAAGCCGCAGCUGGUGGCAGUGGAGCUAGUAUCAGCAAUGUCGGAUUCGAGCGUCCCUGCACGUGGGAGCCCGACAAGACGCCCUGUUGGAUCAUAUCUGACCUAGACCUGUGGAACCGCAUUCUCUGUCGGGGCUGCAUCGAGCUGCGUGAACACCAGUGGGGUGAGCUUACACUCCAGGGGUACCCGUGGCCUGAGACCAAGCCGGAAGUUCGCGACAUCCUUCGCGCCUCGCUGCUGAUUCAUCUACUGUUGCGUCAACACAGGUGCUUGACUUCCAUCUUCUUAGACUUGUCUGAAACCAUGCUCGAAAGGUACAUCAUGUGGCACGCCCUACUCACUGGCACCGGAGGUAUCAAGAAUUUUGAGUUCAAGCCCUACUCCGUCGAUACACUCGGCGAGAUGACGUUUGUCGAGAGGAUUGUUUGGGCGGAGUCGGUGGCUUCCCUGACGAACCUCAGUACCCUGCACCUCUCCGGCAUUCAUUUCCAAGUGGACGUCGCACGUAUACUUGGUGCCUACGUGGAGCGAUCCACUGCGCUCGGUACGCUCCAGUUGUAUAAUAUCAAGGCAGAUGACACAGAGGCUUGCGUGUUCCUGGAUGCCUUGGCUCGCAACCGGACUGUAAAGUGCCUCUGUGUGCAAGAAUCCUUCCUGAUUGCCCUUCGGGGCGAGGCUCUGGCACAAGUCAUCCGGAACCACGUGGCCGUUGAGAAACUUCAAGUGACUGGCUCCUCGGCUUGCAGUGCUUCUGCUCUGCUGUCAGCGGUGGUCCAGAGUCAAACUUUGAAGUCGCUUACGGUGGACACAUGCUGGGUCCGCGCUGAGGACAUCGAAGCUUUGGCCGCCGCUCUGACACUGCACCCGCCGUCCUUUACGCGCCAUGGCGAGGAGGUGAUGCCACUCCCGCCACGUGGCCGCCUCGAGAGGCUCGCUUUUAUCAACUGCAUAAGUGGCGACUUGCGUCUGGACCAAGCGUACGCAAAUCUCAUUGGAGGUGUUGUGGUUUUUCUCAGAUUGUCGCAAUGCUGCCUGGGAGAUAGGUUUGCGGCGGCCGCUGGACUGAAUCUACUUUGUGAUAGGCGGCUGCAGGAACUCCACGUGGCGGACAACGACUUCUCCGUCCGCGCACUAUCCAACAUGGUAGGGAUGCUGCAGGCAAACAAGACGCUGCAAGCGCUUUUCAUCAGCUUGAGAGGUACGCAGCCCCAGGACGAGAUCGCCGGCCUGUUCGAUCUGAUCCAGAAAAUCGACGUCUUCUCCCGCCUGAAUCUGGUCUGGUUCAACCCUCGUGGAUCAGACUUCGCCCGUGGCGUCCGUGUUUCCCAAGUGCCCACCAUUGUGCAGAACCUGGACGGGAGGGGAGCGGAGGACGUGGAGAACUUCCUAGACGCCCUCGUCUCCACUCGCAAAGUUGGCAUGCUCUUACUCGAGUGCGCAGCGCCUGCAGGACCACGUGUGGUUCGAAAGCUUACCGACACUCUCGCCCGGAUCAACUCCCUAGGGCAUUUGCUGCUGCACGUAAACUUGGCUGAGGCCGACGUGGUCAACUUGUUCCGCUCCCUCGAAGGAAACAGCAGCAUUGCACUUAUGGAGAUUCGUCGCGUCACCUUCAGGAGAAGAGCCGCCAAGGCGUUAGGGCGAUUGGUUGAGCGCAACCGAACGCUGGUCUCUCUCAUCGUAGACUUGGAAGACAGUGACCCCGCUGUCGACUACAUGAUUCAGCUGCGCAACGUCUGCCGCGAACUCAAGGAGGCGCUUUCGCGAAACCGCUUUGUCAUCGGCAUCGCCGUGAAUGUGGAGAGGGGAAGGGAUCGUUCCAGAGACCCCGUCAUCUUGGGCGCUCUCCGGCGUAACCUGAUGCUUGCCAACAGCGCCGUCCACUUUGUGAAUGGCUCCACGGAAAAGAAAGACGCCCUUGCCUUUGAGACCUUGCAGUACUCCUUCUCGGUUCAAAUAUCCCUUCGCCUUUGUUUCGACGUCCCGGACGAGUCCCUGGAAGAAAUGAUCACUGAGGCACGCAGACGACUCGCUUUUGACUACUUCGUCCUCGUGGGCGUCGUCAAGGCCAAGAUAGUCUGUAACCCGCAUCCCAAGAGAAAGACUACUUUCGACAAGAUCGGCAAGGACAUGCAAGCGCGCAUCUGCUCCUACCUCAGCCUGACUGACGUUGUGGACAUCUGAAGUGGCGCAUUUUUUUUUUCAGUGUGCACUUACAGCUUUUGACAAUGGCGCAAUCGGGCGUCAGCUCGCACACAGUCGAUGCAUGGGAAACUUUAAAUUUCAAAGUUAGUUUAACAAACUGCCACAUCACAAAUGGGCUUACCUUCCCUGUCUUCCUUUUUAUUUUGUAGCAGUUGAGUCAAGUGAAACCUUUUAAAUUCUUAAUGCGAAAAAUCGUUCUUGCUAGUUUUGGCGUCGAACGGACUCUGUCGAGGAUGAGGUAAUACCGAUUACUAAUAGCAUGUAUCCGACAAACCUUCGCAGGGAUGCACAUGUACUUUUCAUAACUCUCUUACUUGCACACACCCACAGGCUACUUGCCCGCCUAUAUACAUGAAAUCUAUUGCCAAUCGUUCAAGUGUUCGCAAGAUUUUUGCGAUUCCCACGUCUUCUCGAGUCGCCUCACUCAUUUUAUGCGUCAAAUAUUUUAGUUUUUAGCAAAGGCCGACAGCUACAUAAAUGUCACCCGCAUCUUAGGAAUCACCUUACUUAUCUUGUCAUUUGCUUUACGACGUGACGCUGCUCGCAGCGAUGAUAUCAUGUGUUGAUUCUAUGUUCCUGCUCUGUCGCUGUAUUGGUAGGCGUCUGUUCUACCAGAAUGGCAGAAGCACACCUUUGGCCUGCUUGUAUAGCGUUGUACUUCGUUUAACCGAGCUCAGAUGAGUUACUCGGUUAUGUAACUACUGAUUAGAAUGGAAGUAAAGCUAUUUGACGUGAA